AUGUCCUCAAAACCGCCCAAACGACCACCGCCACGAGAUGGGAAGGAGAAUCGCCAAUCCCUCCUCUCUGCGUCCGCCGAGAGCGCAAAAUUCCUAAUUUUACUUCAAGUGAUCUCCCGCCUACUAACCUUCCUCGUGAACCAACUCCUACUACAGUACCUCUCCCCCUCACUCCUGGGGAUCUCGGUACAGCUGGAGCUUUUCAUGAUAUCUAUUCUCUACUUUUCUCGGGAAUCGCUACGGACAGCGCUGCAACGCCAGUCCUCCUCUCCUACCACUAACACCACCACCGCCGCCGCUGCCGCCCCUACCUCCACCAAAACUCUCGGGACCCGUGGAAAACUAAUUGAGGGGACCCAAGCAGCCCACCGUCAAACCGUUAUAAACCUCUCCCUCCUGAUCCUCCCACUCGGCCUCCUCUUUGCCGCGACACUGUCCCUCUUCUAUGCCCGCUCCUUCGCAUCCAGUGAGACUGUCUCUCAGCCAUUCUUUAUCGAGAGUGUGUGUCUCUACGCUCUCGCAACUAUCAUCGAGUUGGCGGCGGAGCCAUACUUUGCGCUUGCACAGUUGGGGCUGAGGUAUAAAGUGCGGGCGGCGGCGGAGAGCGCGGCGGCGUUCGCGAGGUGCAUUUUGACCUGUGGGGUCACAGUAGCUGUUGCGAAAGGGGGGUUUGGGGAGAGACUGAAGGGGCAGGGGGUGGGGCCGUUGGGGUUUGCAGUUGGGCAGGCGGGGUAUGCAGUUGUGCUUUUGGCGGUUUACGUAUGGUGCUUCUGGGGGGAGGAUGGGAGGGGGCGAUGGGGUAUUGGGUUGAGGGGGAUUGAGUCACGGUGAGUUUUGCCAUUGAGUACUAGGGACAGCAAUUAUCAGGUGGAUUGGCUUUGAGCUGCCUGACAAAGAGAGUGACAUGGUGGGCAUGAAAAGUCUUUCAAACACAGGACUUGAUCGGGUUCACCGCCAGUCACUCGGUCUUGCCGAGCAUAAAUCGCAUCCUCAAGAGCCCCCUGUGCUGCAUGAGCCACAAUUUUUGAACCUCUGCUAACUCUAAAUCCAGAAAAUCGGGCUACCACUUAACCUACUUCCACAAACCUCUCACCUCCCUGGCAACAAGCAUGUGGCUCCAAUCCGCCCUCAAGCACCUCUUAACCCAAGGCGACUCCUUGCUAAUAACCUACUUCACAACAAACCACGCUCAGGGCAUCUACGCCUUAUCUUCAAACUACGGCUCACUGAUAGCACGCAUGCUCUUCCAACCAGUCGAAGAAUCCUCUCGCAACCUCUUCGCAAAGCUUCUCUCCUCCACCACAGACCCUUCGAGGGAAAACAUAACCUCCGCAAAAAUAACCCUUCAAACACUACUAAAACUCUACUUCCUCCUCUCGAUCUUUUUCGUCUCCCUCGCAGCGCCAUUCGCGCCAUUCGUGCUCUCGCUGAUCGCAGGCCGACAAUGGACGACCGCGAAAGACGCUGGUGAAACGCUCUCGGCGUUCUGCUAUUACAUUCCCCUCCUCGCCAUCAAUGGCGUUACAGAGGCGUUCGUACAGAGUGUUGCGAACGAGCGGGAACUAGCGGGGCAGUCGGCUUGGAUGUUUGCCUUCAGUUUGGGCUUUGCCGCCGUUGGCUGGGUCUUCUUGAGGGUUUUGGGAUGGGGCGCGCGGGGGUUGGUCGCCGCGAAUGGGGUUAAUAUGCUCGUGAGGAUUUUGUGGAGCGCAGGGUUCGUGAGGGGGUAUUUUACCAGGUUGGAGAAGAAGGAGGAAAGGGGGAAGGAGGGGGAAGGGAUUCGGGAGGUUUUGCCUAGCUGGAUGUUUUUGAGUACGGCGUUGGGAGUCGGAGCGCUCGCUAGGGGGGUUGUUUCGGAGAGGG